AUGGCACGAACCCAAAUCUUGACUCCAUUUCUUAAGCAUAUUUUAAUACAUUUGGAACCAGAAGACGUCGCUCGUUGUGCUCAGGUGUCAAGGUCGUGGAGGGACGCCUCCUAUUCCGAUUCUCUGUGGAGAAGGUGGAAAUAUUGGAAAUCGAAACCCAAAAAGACCGAUGGGUGGAGACAAAUCUAUCUGGCACGAAUUACAACCGAUCGUUGGGCGUUCGCGAUAUUAGAUGAAUUGGCUGCCAGUGGUCCUUUUUACCUGGCUAAUAUGAAGAAAUUGAGGCAGUUGGGUGACAACUGUCGAGAUGUUUUACUAUGGGUUAUGGAUAAUCCUAACGAAACGACACUCACUCAUUGUUACUUCGCUAAGCGUGCUCUUCAAUUCAUUCGUAGAAGUGAAAUCAUUCAAAAAUGGAAAGCGUGGCGUAAUUACGAAUUGGAGCUUUCCAACCUUGAAGGAUUCGCGAUGAUGGCCACCUUUUUUAAUGAAAGAAUCGACGUCGAGGAGAUUUUGCGCGAAAUUGAUGAAUUGGCGAUGGAGUUUAACACUUGGUGCAUGAACGAUCCACCAGAUUCCCAAUUGACCAAGUUCCGCCGCCUUGCAGAGUUCUUCAGCGUGAAAUAUCCUUCUACUGCAUCAGUCCUUGAGAUUGAAACAAAAUUCUUGUAUUUGGUUGCUCCCCUCCUGGAAACCAAGCAGAGUAAGGCAUGUGUGAUGACUAUAUUAUUUGAAGCCUUGACGGCGAAAGUUGGAAUUGAGAAUGUGGAUAUAGUUUCCGAUCGUGAAAAGUUGACGUUUAGGAGGUACCACUUUGUUCGCUUCAGAGACGAGGAAAACUCAUCGGCAAAUUUAAUGGAUCAUGAUUCAAAAAGUGAUAUCAAUUCGGAUGAGGAAGAGUUGGGAGUUGACAUUUACCAUAUUGAUUUUAAAAAACAUUCGGAAACCGGUGUGCUCACCGUGGAACAAUUUGAUAGGCAUAGUUCAAAAUUUUAUGGGGCUUAUACACCCGAGUACAAAUUUAUUCCCCAGCAAAAAUUGUUCAGAUUGUUCUUGCAAGAUUAUUGGAUAGCUCUCACUUCAAUUCGUGGGUAUAAUCGUGAUAUCAUAUAUGGUACAGCUCUUCAACUUCAUUUCGUCAGAUCUCCAGAAUAUUUAGAUUGCACACUUGGAGAUUUGUGUAAACUCAUGAAUUUUUGGUGGUCGUUUGUUGCUGCAAGGUAUAGAUAUCCGGAAGAUUACGAACUUGGACGAAUGGCGUUGGCCGACAUUAGUAAUUAUAUAGCUGGGGGCACUCCAUUGGAACAAGAUAUGUGGCAGAGGUUGGCUGAAGACGUGAACGAGGAUAUAGAAGGGCUGGAAGAAGACGAUUGCGCCGAUUGGGAUUUUGAAUCGGGUCAAUCUUUACGAGGACAGUUUGGGAAAAAAGAUCCUAAAUUUUAUAUUGGCGACGUUGUAAAUUUCAAAAAAUUUCACAGUCUCGGAGUGAUAUGCCGUUGGGAUAGAGUUUAUAAUAGCGAAUUAGCCGGGAAUGUGGCCAAAUUCGUGUGGACGGACAUUGAGUCACCCCGUAACGAGCCAUUCUACGAAGUACUCACCCACCGAGGUUCGUUUAUAUAUUGCGGUCAAAGGACCCUAAUACUUGAACCUCUGAAUUCAGAGCGAUUAUCAAGAAUGGUUCCCGCGAACGUGUAUGGGGACUUUCUUGGCGAUGAGGCUGAUUGGGAAUUGGCCAAGGCUCUUGGUCCCGUCACUACGGAAUUGGUUGGCUGUUACUUCGAAAGAUGGGACCAAGAAAGUUGCAAAUACAUUCCGAACGAAGUCACUUCGAGGUGGUUUCCGGACGGUUGA